AUGGCGGAUCCCGUCAGAUAUGAGCUCUCCGACCUGGACAAAGGAGGAUUCCUCAAGGAGGUGACCGUCGCCAUGUUCUACGAGAUCCCUCCUAUUGCCAACUCGGAAAAGGGUAUCGCAUCUUUGGAAUACGGGCUGAAGAAUGCAAUCGAUCAGUUGCCUUUCAUGGCAGGAGACUUGCAAUUUGAAAAGACUGGUAAACUCUGCGUCAUCAAACCCCCAGAGGGCCAGCUCAAAUUCGAUAUUCACCGAUUCGAAUCCAUUGAACAAAAGUCUCUUUCCACUUUCGCUCAAACAUCCUUCGCCCCUGAUUCACUGGAUCUCACUCAAUUUCUGCCUCAAGCCCCAGAGGACAAAAAGCCAGUUUGUCGUUUGAAGUUAAACCUCAUUGAGGGUGGUUUGGUUCUGGGACUCCGGGUCAACCAUGCAGCUGGAGACUGGUCUUCGAUUGAUAGAUUCUUGUCUCUAAUUUGCCAAAGCUGCAAAGCUCAUCAAGAAGGCUUGGAGAUGCCCACCUACACACCAGACCUGAACAGAGUCCCGUACAAUACGCCCACAGAUAUCUCGAAAUACCCGAGGCAGGAUUCCUUGGAGAAACUUCGAAUCUUCCACGUCAUGGAAAAGAGUCAAUUCAAACCUCCCUCGUCAACCCCAUCCCAACCCAAGAUCUUCCGAAUUUCGGACGCGGCUAUCAAGGAUAUCAAAGACCAAUGCUCUUCCUAUCUCACUGGGGUGGACUUCAUAUCCUCGUACGACUGCAUCUCUGCUCUUGUCUGGACGUCAAUUACUCGUGCGCGACUUCAUCUUCACCCAGAAGAAAAGACCUCCCCAUCUCGCUUCAUUCACCCCAUCGACGUGCGAGCCCGGGACCCAGAACACAAAACUUCUGAACAAUACUUCGGCAACGCCGUUAUCGGAUCCCAAGCUGGUCCCAUAGACGCCCAAGCCCUGGUAUCAGACGCAAAGAGAGGCCUAGCAACCGCAGCCUCCCUAGUUCGGCAAUCAAUCAAUUCCGUCGACAUGACCUCAAUCAGCCAUAUGACCUCUCUCAAUUCAUCUCUCUCACCAACAGAAACUUUGGGUACUCACGCUGAUUUCACAAACAUGGACGUGUUCAUGAAUACUUGGCACUCGGGGAGCACAGAGAGGUAUGAUCUUGGAGCGGGUGUGGUCCCCGUUGCUUUACGACUGCAAGCACCAAUCCCGGGGGCUUGCGCAGUGAUUUUACCGAGUUUCUCGCGGGGAUCCACGAAGGUCUUUGAUGUUCAUCUACAGGUAACGCCGGAGGAGCAUGGGCUGUUGAAACAAGAUGCGGGCUUUGCAAAGUAUUUUGAGCUGAUUACAUAG